GUUGAGUAUGCAAGUGAAACAACACAAGUGGAAGUGAAAGGGUGGUCGAACUAAUCUGCAUCACUGCCUCACUGCUUUCCCUGCUUCCCUAACAAACUAAACCUGCAACACUCGCGAAUUGAGUUUGAGAUCGAUAUCGAUUUCUCGGCCACAGAACCAAAAAUGGAAAUCGUUCCGAUUUCCGCCGAUAGCUACACUCUCGGCUUCAUCGGCGCCGGAAAAAUGGCCGAGUCCAUUGCCAGAGGCGCCGUCCGUUCCGGCAUCUUGCCGCCUUCUCGUAUUCGCACCGCCGUUCACUCCAACCCCGCGCGCCGCGCCGCCUUCGAAUCCUUCGGCGUCACCGUUCUCUCUUCAAACGACGACGUCGUUCGCGAAAGCAACGUCGUCGUUUUAUCGGUCAAACCUCAAUUAGUGAAAGAUGUGGUCACGAAAUUGACGCCGCUGCUGACGAAGAACAAGCUUUUGGUUUUGGUCACUGCUGGUGUCAAGUUGAAAGAUCUUCAGGAAUGGGCUGGGAACGACAGAUUUAUAAGAGUGAUGCCUAAUACACCCGCUGCUGUUGGUGAGGCAGCAUCAGUCAUGAGCUUGGGAGCAGCUGCAACAGAAGAAGAUGGAACUGUAAUAGCUAAAUUAUUUGGGGCAAUUGGCAAAAUAUGGAAAGCUGAUGAAAAGUAUUUUGAUGGAAUAACUGGUCUGAGUGGCAGUGGUCCUGCUUACGUUUAUCUAGCAAUAGAGGCUUUGGCUGAUGGAGGAGUAGCAGCUGGUCUACCACGCGAUCUUUCAUUAAGUUUGGCUUCCCAAACUGUAUUGGGAGCAGCAUCAAUGGUGAGCCUGAGUGGGAAGCACCCGGGACAGCUGAAGGAUGACGUUACUUCUCCGGGAGGGACAACAAUUACGGGCAUUCAUGAGUUGGAAAAAGGUGGGUUCCGUGGAACACUAAUGAAUGCUGUUGUUGCUGCUGCUAAGCGCAGCCGAGAGCUUUCCUGAACCUAGAGAUUAGUAUUCUACUUCUUUAGCCUAAAAUCUGAUUUCAGUAGAACUGAAGUUACUAUUAUCAAUUAUGUGAACUUCUAUGAGACGAGUGAAUCUUGCGAGAAUGUUUGGCCAUAGCAUGGUAGCAUUAUGAAUGUGUGCGCAUGUCAAGGAUUGAUGUUUUUUUGCAGAAGAGGAGUAAUAAAGGUAAAAUAAAACACCUGGCCACUAAGAGUUGCAUU